AUGGAAGCCUACCUCGCUGAGGUCCGCAAGAUGGAGAAACAGUUCUGGGGGCUGGAGCUGCAGCAUGUGCCUCGCGGCACCAAUCAAGAGGCUGAUGACAUUACCAAGAGGGCGUCUAGGCGGCUGCCUCAGGAGCCUGGCGUCUUCGAGGAGCGGCUCUUCAAACCCUCGGUGGUGCCAUCACUGUCGAGCACGGCGCAACCAAGGGAGGAGCUCCCUCAGCCGCCUACCUCAGGAGCUCCGGUCUGCGGCCCGGCCUCAGGAGCACACCUGCUCCUGGCGCUGGAGCCUCGGGAAGGGUGUUGGAUCCCGGAGCUGAAGAACUACCUCAUGCAAGGGACCCUGCCGGAGAACGAGGAGGAGGCGGAGCGUGUGGCGCGGCAGGCCACGGCUUAUUGCAUCAAGGAUGGAGAGCUCUACAGGAUGCGACCAAAUGACGUGUCCCUAUGCUGCAUCCCCACAGAGCAAGGGAAAGAGUUGCUGGCGGACAUACACGGCGGGGACUGCGGGCACCACUCGUCGUCGCGAACCCUCAUCAGCAAGGCGUUCCGCAGCGGAUUCUACUGGCCUACAGCACUCAACGAUGCCGUUGAACUGGGCAUGAAGCGCAAAGCGAGGCCUCAGCCUCGGGAGGCGAGGACCGCGUCGAGCUCCACCAAGCCAAAAUGA